AUGGCUUCCCUUGUUGACGACCCUCGCGUUAAAGAUCCAGCAACAGCAGCAUAUAAAUUAUUAUCUGGGCCAUCGGGUCUUGAUGCAAUCCAAGCUUCGAUGCGUUUUGACACCACACCCUCGUUCCUCAACGAAACAUCUGUACUCUUACUUCAAUAUUUACAAUCACCAACCUUGAAAGCCAUUAACUCUGGAUUAAGUUUAUCAGAGCUUGUUACCGCGAUAGCCGAGCCUCCCUUUUUUUGGGAUGGAUUCAUGAAAGCAUUCAAGACUGGUCAACUGAAUGAAGAGGCAUCAUAUGCAUUUGCAUGGCUUUUACUCGAGCUUAUCAAUCGUCCUGGAAAGCCACCAACUACUUAUGUCCUUGUGGCGAAAUCCCCUGGUAUCUUGGAUGCAAUUUUGACAUCUGCCAAUGGGGAUUGUAGAAAUUUGGGUCAAAAAAUCAAGCACACCCUAUCCUUAGAUGCAUCCGACCUUGACAAAGACAUCGCCUUCGGGCCUGGUGGAAGACACAAUAAUGACCAUGCGAACCACCGAGAUAUCUCAAUUAUGCCUACAGCAGAUGAGCUUCUAUCUAAAGAACGACCAUUUCUACGUACCCCGGACGCAUAUCUCAAAGAUGUAGAUCCCUCCCGACUGGGCACCCACAUUGAUAAUCAAUUUCGACUCCUUCGUGAGGACAUGUUGGGCGAAAUUAGGGAUGAGGUUCAGAAGCUCCAAGGCUUGAGAUCAGGAUACCAUCGAGGGCUAACAUUCGACAACAUUCGAGUGGUGAACAUACACAUCAAAGGAGAUAAGUACCGAGAGCCAUGGGGCAUUAUGUUUCAAUGCCAAGAUGAGUUACAGUCCUUAAAGAAAAUAGACUCUAAGAAUCAAGGCAAGCGCGUCGAUUAUCUCAAGGAAAACAGGAACAUUCUUCGGCAAGGAACAAUCGGGUGCUUGUUUGUUGAUGGCGAACCUGUCGCCUUUCCAUAUAUCGAUAGGGAUGAGGUAGAACUAGCAAAAAAACCUGCUAAUAUUGUUUUGCAAUUUCAAGAUGAGACAACUGUAUCCAAUGCUUUGAUCAAACUUAAGGUGGCUCAAAAGAUCAAAUUGGUUCAAAUGGACACAUCAAUCUUCGGCUUUGAACCAUUUCUCAAACGCCUACAAGAUAUGAAUGACGUUCCUUUGGCAGAGAAGCUUCUUUCGUGGAGUGAGGACCAGUUCAAUUCUGGCCCGCCGUUCCAGCCUUUGCAACUGAAAGAGAAGAUAGAAGAAAGUUCUGGGAAAGACAUGGGUUCUCUUCUCUCGACGAAAAAGCCGAUUGUUCUUGAUGACUCUCAAACUCAAUCUCUACUUGCUAUCUUAUUCCAAAGAGUCAGUUUGAUUCAAGGGCCGCCAGGUAUGGAUCUCUUCAUUUCUUCGUCCAGUGGAAGGAGCACAGGAAAAUCAUUCAUUGGAGCUCUAGGGGCGAAAAUAAUUCACAACUUCACAUCUGAAAAAAUUCUAGUCGUGUGUUACACGAACCACGCACUGGAUCAAUUCCUUGAGGACCUUAUGGAUAUUGGUAUACCGCCUUCAGAUAUGAUACGACUCGGCGCAAAGUCCACAUCUCGGACACAGUCGUUACAACUCAGCAAACAAGGUUCGUCAAAACUCGAUAACUCCCAAUGGAAUCAGAUCCACAAACUUGAAGAUAGUCUGCGUCUGCACGAGACGCGCUUGAAAAGUGCUUUUACAAGAUAUAACUCUGCAAAUGUGAGUAAGCAACAAAUUCUGGAUUAUCUUGAGUUCUUAGAUGAUAUUCCAUUUUACGAUACAUUUAUGGUACCACAAACAACCACGAAUGGUAUGACGAAGGUUGGGAAGAAGGGUAAAGCCGUGGAUAAAUUCUACUUACUUGAUAGAUGGACCAGAGGGCAGAUGAAUGCUGGGUCCUUUGAGCAUAAACAACACAAGGACUCAAGAAUUGUGUGGGGUAUUAGGCCUGAUCAGAGGGUCAGGAUAAUUUCAAGUUGGAAGUCGGCUAUUAUAGAGGAGAUGGUUGCAGAGUUGGAUAAAAUUGGAAAGCAGUUUAACGCCGAACAAGCAGAGAAAAACGAGCUUCUUGGACAAAGAGAUGUAAACGUCAUCAAGUCAAAGAGAAUCAUUGGCUGCACAACUACUGCAGCUGCCAAAUACUCCACCGCAAUCCAAGCAGCUUCCCCUGGAGUCUUAUUAGUUGAGGAAGCCGGAGAGAUUCUUGAAGCUCACAUCUUCACAGCUUUGGGGAGGAAUACUGAACAGCUGAUCCUCAUUGGAGACCAUAAACAACUUCGUCCGAAAUGCAAUACUUACGGCCUCAAGGUUGAACAAGGGGAUGGAUACAAUCUAGACAUGUCUUUAUUUGAAAGACUCGUAAUUGGCGGCUUCCCACACGUCACCCUGACAAAACAGCAUCGUUCUCGACCGGAGAUAUCGUCAAUUAUCAGACACCUUACCUAUCCUGACUUAGUUGAUGCCGACUCGACAAAAAAUCGGAAAGAUCUUCUCGGCUUUAGAGACAAUCUUAUCUUCGUAGACCAUACGGCUCCGGAACACGAUGUGAAUGUCAGAGAGAUGAGGGACAACGUAGAGUCCACAUCUUCCAAGAAGAACGAUUUCGAAGCCAGCAUGAUACUCAAAUGCGUCAAGUACCUCGCUCAACAAGGAUAUGGUUCGGACAAGUUGGUUGUAUUAAUCCCCUAUGUAGCUCAGCUUAGACUGCUGCUUGAGAAACUUGCGAAAGAGAAUGAUCCCGUCCUAAACGAUUUGGACAAAUUCGAUCUCAUCCGUGCUGGACUGUUAAUCAGUGUUACAAUGGCUUUCUGGUAUAACUACCAAGGUGAAGAAAGUGAUAUAGUCCUCGUUUCUUUGACCAGAAGCAAUUCUAGACACGACAUUGGUUUUAUGUCGCAGCCUCAACGCCUGAACGUUCUAGUAUCUCGUGCUCGAAAUGCACUGAUCAUGAUCGGUAACUCCGAAACAUUCAUACAGUCUCGGAAAGGAAAUGCCUUAUACAAGAAUUUCUUUGACUUAUUGAAAGGCUCAGGUCAUUUUUAUUCUGGGUUUCCUGUAAAAUGCGCGAACCACCCUGAUCGAAUGGCAAAUUUGACCACACCGGAACAUUUCGAAGAAUAUUGCUCAGAUGGCGGUUGUAAUGAGCCUUGUGGCGCUCUAUUGAAUUGUAAUACUCAUCAUUGCCCUAGCAAAUGUCAUCAGGUUUUCGAUCACUCUAAAAUGUUAUGUAAGGAGAUCAUACAGCGGAAGUGUCCCGAAGGACAUACAAUUAAAUCGAAAUGCCAUGAAAACCUUCCACUGAAGUCCUGUCCCAAGUGCGAAAAGGAGAAACGAGAUGCUGCUAAGCAAGCAAAGAAAGAAUUAGAUGAGCAGUUGCGACGAGACGAAAUGAGGCAAAAACAUCAAAAAGAGCUUGAACAACUCCAGAAGGAUUUAGAUAGGGUACAUCAAGAGAUCCAAGACUCCCAGCUGAGAUCAGAACAAGAAGCAGUUUUAGCACAGAAAAGAAAGGAUCUGUCUACCAUCAAAGACCGUCUAAUUCAAAUUCAGUCGACACCAGUAGUAGAUAAAUCGAAAUCCAUUACCGCGAGUAAGCCACCGGCUCCUACUGCUUCUUCUCCAGUCAUUCCCAGUGGAGCACCUGCCAGUACCUCGGGUACUGCACCCCCGCAACCCCACGCAGUUCAAACACAUUCUCCUCAGAAACAGAAGAAUGUUCCAAAGAAACUGCAGACGCGAGUUGGCCAGAAAGCUUCGGCAUCGAAGAUCGAGUGGCAACGACAAAAGGACCAGGAAAAUGCGAUAAAUCCGGCUAUAGACAAGAUCAUGGAGAUGAUUGGCCUCGAAGAUGUAAAAUCUCAGGUACUUCGAAUCAAAGCAAAAGUCGAUACUUCCAAGCGUCAAGGGACAGAUCUCAAAAAGGAAAGGUUGGGCUUGAUUCUAUUAGGCAAUCCUGGAACAGGUAAAACAACAGUGGCGAGACUCUACGCCAAAAUCUUGACAACACUACAAGUUCUUCCUGGCGAUGAAUUUGUCGAAACAACUGGCAGUCACCUCGCGCAUGGCGGGGUGAAUGAUGUCAAGAAGCAUUUAGCCAUUCUUGACAGUGCUCAGGGGGGAGUUUAUUUCAUUGAUGAAGCUUACCAAUUGACAGAAGGACAUAACACCGGUGGUAAGACAGUUUUGGACUAUCUUCUUACAGAAAUAGAAAAUCUUGUGGGCAAAGUUGUUUUCGUCUUCGCGGGAUAUCGCAAGCAGAUGGAGAAGUUCUUCGAGCAUAAUCCCGGUCUACAGUCACGCCUACCGUACACGCUUCAUUUUGAAGAUUAUACCGAUUCUGAACUCCUUGAAAUGUUGCAAUAUCAAAUCCACAAGUUUUAUCCAUCUCCGAUGAUGAUAGAAGACGGCCAAGAUGGACUUUACAUGCAAAUUGCGGUGCAAAGACUGGGCAGGGGCAGAGGACGAGAGGGAUUCGGGAAUGCGCGAGCUUUAGAGAACAUGUUUGCGAGGAUUCGUGAACGCCAAGCAGAUCGCUUGACGAAAGAACGCAGGGAUGGCCUCGGCCCAGACGACAAUCUCAUUACAAAGGAAGACCUGAUAGGGCCAGACCCAUCCCAAGCAAUCUUGAAAUGCAAGGCAUGGGAUGAGCUCCAAAGCCUUACUGGGUUAAAAUCUGUUAAAGAAUCUGUAAGAUUUAUGAUCGACGUCAUCAAGACGAACUACAAACGGGAGCUAGAACUGAAGCCAAUCAUUGCGGUAUCAUUGAACCGUGUAUUCCUUGGCUCUCCAGGUACUGGGAAGACAACAGUUGCCAAGCUAUAUGGCCGUAUUCUCUCAGAUCUAGGAAUUCUGAGCAACGGAGAAGUUGUUACAAAGAAUCCAGCGGAUUUUAUCGGCAGUCAUAUAGGACAAUCGGAGGAAAACACGAAAAACAUUCUUGCGACUACAAUUGGGAAAGUUCUAAUCAUUGAUGAAGCAUACAUGCUCUACCCUAGCUCUAAGGGUAGUCAUGGUGGAGGCGGAGGAUCUGACAUUUAUAGAACAGCUGUGAUAGACACGAUUGUUGCCGAAAUACAAAGCGUACCUGGUGAUGAUCGAUGUGUGUUGCUUCUAGGCUAUGAAGAUAAAAUGAUUGAGAUGUUUCAGAAUGUUAAUCCGGGCUUAACAAGACGCUUUCCUCCUGCAGAUGGCUUCCAGUUUGCCGACUUCAAUGACCAAGAGCUCGAGGAGAUUCUACAGCAGAAGUUGAGUACAUAUGGGCUCGACGCAACUCAAAAAGCAGUAGCGGUUGCGAUAGAUCUACUCGCAAGAGCUCGAAACGGACUUAAUUUCGGAAACGGGGGCGACGUGGAGAAUUUGAUAUCCAAGGCAAAGAAAAACUACCUAUCUCGACAGUCAAAACUACCUGUUGAUCAACGAUCCAUUGAUUUCUUGUUUGAGCCACAAGACUUUGAUCCAGACUUUGAUCGAGCAUCCGGUGCGGAGACAAAUUUGAAAGAUCUAUUCAAGGGUAUCAUAGGAUGUGAUACUAUCAUUGCGAAGCUUGAUGGAUAUGUAAAAGUUGCGAAAGGCAUGAGAAAGCUCGGGAAAGAUCCUCGGUCACAAAUACCAAUGAAUUUUAUAUUCAAAGGCCCGCCAGGAACUGGGAAGACUACAACUGCCCGAAAAAUUGGUCAGGUUUAUUACGAUUUAGGAUUUCUGUCGGAGGUACAAGUUGUUGAAUGUUCCGCAUCAGACCUUAUUGGCCAAUAUGUUGGGCAUACUGGUCCAAAAACAGUUAAACAACUUGAGCUUGGCCUUGGGAAAGUUCUCUUCAUCGACGAAGCAUAUCGACUUGGGCAGGGACAUUUCUCCCAAGAAGCUAUUGACGAAUUGGUUGAUUCCAUGACUAAACCAAAAUUUGCUGGUAAAAUGAUCAUAAUUCUUGCAGGAUAUGAAAAAGAUAUGAACACGCUGCUUACCAAAAAUGAAGGCUUGAAUAGCCGUUUUGCUGAUGAGAUAAAUUUUCCGGCUCUUACACCCAAAGAUUCUCUUCUCGUUCUACAAAAUGCCUUGGAAAAAGAGAAUAUCUCUAUCGACGGGUUGACAGAUAUGACAAAUCACCAGCCUUUCUUGGAUUUGAUUGCAGAGCUCUCCAAACUGCCUGCUUGGGGCAACGCAAGAGAUAUGAUUACACUCGCUAAGAGCAUGACACGUGCAUUCUACCAAUCUGCCACGAAUACUUCGUCUACUGAUCCCAACAUCAAUCUAUCAUACGACGAUGCCAUGACUUGUGUUCAAGAUAUGAUUGAUAGCAAAAAAGACAGGGCUCACGUGCAAGGAAAACCAAGGCAUAAUUUGUCAAAAGAUGCACCAGUCAUGAGCCACAACCAACAACCACCUGCUCCCCCCUCAACUUCUACCAAUACUUCCAGCGCGACUAAGAGUGCACCUAAGGACAAGGAUGAUGAUGAUGAGCCCCCAAAGCCAUUAUUCGAAGAUGACGAAUCGGAUACUGACGAUGGUCGUGACGCGGGUGUUUCUGACGCAGUGUGGACUCAACUACAACAGGACAAAAAGGCCGCCGAGGAAAUAGCCCAGCGUUACGCCGAUGAAAUGCGCAAGAAACAAGAAGAAAUGCAAGCACUCCAAGAGGCUGAGCGUAAAGCUAGAGAAGAAGCCCUGCGACAAUUCCAAGCCAAAAAUGAAGCCGAACGGAAAGAACAACUUCGUCUACGCGAGGAAGCGCGACUUCGUGAACUAAAAGCUAAAGCUGAGAGAGCGCGUAUUGAGCAGGAAAACGAACGCAGAAGAUUGGAAGAAGAGCAGAGAAGAAAGAAAGAGGCGCAAGCGCAGGAAAAAUUGAGGAAUUUGGGAGUUUGUGUUGCGGGUUUUCAGUGGAUUAAACAGCUUGGUGGAUAUCGAUGUGCUGGGGGGAGUCAUUAUGUGUCGGAUUCUGAAUUGGGGAUGUGAGGAUCUGGAUGAUAUGGCGUAGCUCAACUUUUUGAGGGGAGUUUCAUUGGCUUGUAAGUUUUGGGGAUGCUUUCAGAUUGAGUCUAUGGAUUUCGUGGGAUGUUCAAUAUCACGACAUCUGCUAUCCACAUCCACAUGUCAAAAUUAUUUUUCUGCCGCUCUGCAUAGUGAAAGAGUAGUUUUCUUCGUUGUCAAUAUUCCUCCGGACAUCGCAACGAGGCAACAUUAUGAACAGAAAUACCCGCGAUACCAUGACCCAUCUAUCACCUAUUACCCACUCACCCAUUAAGCCUAAUAGCUAAAUCAACAAAACUAGUCUCAGUAAUCAUGUUACAAGAAUAUUCAGUAUCUAAGAAACUCCGAAUUGUUGAGACACAUCGACCA